GCAGUCUUAAACCCUGUAAGCGCGUGUAUUCCACCUCCACCAUCGCCUCCCGUUAAUUCAAAAACCCUCCUCUGAGCAGACCAUGUCCAGUUAAUUAAGGUGGGCCACUGUGCUAUGGAAACUCCAGAGAAACCUUCUUCUUCAUCAUCCUCCUCCGUCUCUCCACUGCCAGCAUCAGCGUCUCGGCUAUGGAGACCGGCGGCGCAGAGAAACCUGAGAAAUCAAUGGUCAAAAUUAGCCUCCUCCAGAACUGAAUGGCUUUCGUGUUCUUCUAAAGGAAGAUCACACGCUACUGCUUUUAUUAACGCUUAUCUCUCUCAAAAGUACAUGCCUUCAAUGGAGCUUGGUGUUCUAAAAGACAUGCCUGAUAUUAAAAAUAAAGCUUCUUCUAAAUUAUUCAAGCAACAGGAGGUUUAUCAAAAACAAUUAUUGUCAUCUUACAAGGAUAUGGUGGAUAUUGUAAUAAACAUGGUUAAUACUAGUAGAUUAAUGAGGUGCUAUGUUAAAGGACCAGCCAGUAGUCCCAUCUUGAAAUUUUCAAGCACUUCUGAGGAUCAUAAUGACGAUUUUGGUGACGGUGGAGGGAUUCCUGUCUUUACAUUUUUGCCGAUUUCUUCUUUUGAAAAGUUAGCAGAUGAACUUGUACAAAUGUUUGUUUCUGAGCUAAAUUUGAAGAGACUGCUUGUAGUAGAGUUUGUUACCAGUAGCUGUGAAGAUUCACAGGUCAAGGAGUUAAUUUGGUCAAAUGAACUAUAUCCUGGAGAAUUUGACGAUUUGAGCAUCUUCGACUUGUACUCCAAUGAAACUUGUAAACUAGUGACUCCAAAAAUGAUGGAACGGGAAAAUGCAAAGCCUACCUUGCAGUUCAAGAGCCAAGCAAAUCAUGAGGUUUAUCUAACAACAUGGCUGGCAGAGGUGAAUAUAGAUACUGAUAGGGUUGAUGAAAUUUUUUCAGUAAUUGGAGAGGAAAUGCAUGUGAGCUUGCUUAUUUCUUGAUAGUCACACUUAAAGGCAUGAAUGAUCUAGCAAAAUGCAUGAAGCUCGGCUGUUGCUAAGGCAUCUUAUCAUAGCACCAGAAGAACAAUCGAACUGCCUUAUUUGAACCACAUGAACGCAUAUCAAUCGCGAACUAGACUAUCAGUUGAGCUCCUACGUCAAGAAACAAAGGGGAAAUUUUAUAAAAAUAGACUAACAAAGUUAUAUAAAUUAUUUUUUUAUUUUGUACACUUCAUAGGUUCACUUCAUAUCUAAAAGUUAAACACCUUGUACGCCCCGUAUGAGCCAUGUGUCUUUAAAGCAUCUAAUAUAUAUCUGAUGCAUCUUUCUGAGACAAAAAUUAAAGUAUAAUUUUUAUUUUUAGUUUGGAUAAA